UCAGCGUUAGGGUGCUCGAACGCAGAGAAGCAGCUGCUGGUGAUGGUGAAGAUGGCGGAUGGGGAUAGUGGGAGUGAGCGCGGUGGUAGCAGCGGUGGUGGAGGAGGCAGCGGGUUCCCUCAUUUCCAGCGGGAUCAAGAAGAGACCCAGGAGCUGGCCUCCAAACGCCUAGACAUCCAGAACAAGCGUUUCUACUUGGACGUGAAGCAGAACUCCAAAGGCCGGUUCGUGAAGAUCGCUGAGGUCGGCGCCGGCGGCUCGAAAAGUCGGCUCACGCUGUCUAUGUCGGUGGCGGCGGAAUUCCGCGACUACUUGGGUGACUUCAUUGAGCACUACGCCCAGCUCGGGCCUAGCACCCCGGAGCAGAUUGCGCAGUCCUCAGGCGGGGAGGACGGCGGUCCAAGACGGGCCUUGAAGAGCGAGUUCUUGGUGAGGGAAAACCGUAAAUACUACCUCGAUCUGAAGGAGAACCAGCGCGGGAGGUUCCUGAGGAUCCGGCAGACCGUCAACCGCGGCGCGGGAUUUGGGAUCGGAGGGGGAGUGGUCCCAGGGGCGGCCAUGCAGUCCGGACAAACCAUCGCCCUCCCGGCUCAGGGACUAAUCGAGUUCCGCGACGCUUUGGCCAAGCUGAUAGACGACUACGGCGGCGAUGACGACGAGCUCGCCGGGCCUGGAUGCGGCAGCGCCGGCGGUUACAGCGAGCUGCCCGAGGGCACGUCCAUCACCGUGGACUCGAAGCGCUUCUUCUUCGACGUUGGCGCCAACAAGUACGGCGUGUUUCUGCGGGUCAGCGAGGUGAAGCCCAGCUACCGGAACUCGAUCACGGUGCCGUUUAAAGCCUGGAGCAAGUUCGGCGGAGCUUUCUGCCGCUACGCCGAGGAGAUGAAGGAGAUCCAGGAGAGGCAGAGAGAUAAAAUGUACGAGCGGAGAGCGGACGAAGAGUCCGAAGGAGACGACGUGGACGACGACUGAUCUGGAGUCGGAGCCCCCAGGACCGGGCUGUUUGUGUCCCUCCGACGCGUUUGACAACUUGGAAAGGAUGUGCAUGAUGAACUUUAAUACUAAAACACCUAUCACGAAUAAAGUUGUGUGACUGACAAAUAUGGCGUAAUAACAAAACAAGAAUAAACCUGUAAAGUAUACACAGAGCUAGCUAAGCUAAGCUAAAAACCUGUCAAGUGUACACAGAGCUAGCUAAGCUAAGCGACUUUUCUCUAGCUAGCUGCACUAGGCCUAGUUAUUGAUGAAAAACUCCUUUUUUGGUGCAGACCUGUUUUAAAUGGCAUGUAAGAAAAGACAUAAUUAAACCAACCAACCAACCAAAAAAAAAACCUUAAUGUGCUUAUGAACACAAUGUGAGCAUACAGUGUUACUUCUUGAGGUUAUUUACAGUAUGCAUUGCCAUAACAGACAGAAGACCAGCAAAUUCACAACAAGCUUAUUUAGGAAGUUUGUUUGUUUCAUGGAUUUUUCUCACCUUUGUUUCAGGUCUCUGGUGAUGGAUUUCUGUAAUUUUGGCUCCGGUUUCUGGGCUACGAUUUAAUUUCAAAGGUUCAAGCAGAAACUUGGACAUUUUGCAGUAUAUACAGACACAUUACGUGGACCAUUGACAAAAAAAGGUGCUAUAAAACAUUUCACCAACCCCCCUUAAACAUUUAUUAUUAUUAUUAUUAUUAUUACUAUUAUUAUUAUUAUUAUGUAAAGUAACUACAAAACCAGUUGAAUGUACAUACUAAAUUAUUAUAACUCAUUCGUACAGAGAUGGUUAAAUCGAAGGUUGACAAAGCACACAGCCACUAUUAUCCUAAAAAGAUACUCGUACUUUGACACUUUGCUCGUAAAUCGUAAAAAUUAGCACAUACGGAGUUAUUUUUAAAAUCAAUUAAAACUGUUUUAAACCUCCGCAAGAAGCAACGGAGAUUCGGUGUCUGUCUGUCUGUCUGACUGUCCGAUUAGAAUUUAGUGAAUUGAAAAUUAAAAAAAAAAAAAAUCCUUAGAUUCAACAUAACUCACCCAAGAGGGGUUAAAGACUUAUUUUUAAACAUAAAAUACAGAUAUAUAGAAAUAUAUUUAUAUAUAGGGAUAUAGAAUUGAUUCAAUUAUAACAGGCUUAUUUAAACAAAUCUUGGAUGCAAUUAUCCGGUGGGAUAUUUCUUCUGUUUUUUUUUUUUUUUUCCUCCUUAAUUUUUCACAUGGUCCUUAUUGACGAGGCCAUAAGAACAUAAACGGUAUUUAAGAUGCUUUGUAACUUUUCUCUAUACAAUUUGACUUUUACAAACAUAUCCCUUCUCAAGACAAAUGUUUCUUUUAGCCUUUUGUAUUAUUUGUAUCUGAAUAUGUAUUAGACAUCAAUAAUCUCCCAGAACAGCCUAUCAGCCUCUUAUCAGUCUCCAUCUCUUUUCCUUGAGAUUUUGACAUUUUAAAGUAUGUCUGUUACAGUUUACAACCACCAUGUCUGAUCUUUUUUUUUUUGUACCUGUUUCGAUCACUGUAUGCUGUAUUGUUAAACAUUUCAUUUUAUCUCUCGAAGAACAAGCAGAAUUUACGAACUGUGAUAUUAGUCACACAGAACCUCAAUGUGUGAACUCUUUCUGCAGGUUUUUGGUUUAAAAUCCUUCUCAUGUACACCACCUGGGAGCAAUAGCAAUUUUCUCCUACUACUUUUAAAAUCACUUUUUCGGUUUUGCUUUCAGUUUAGGUCUUUUCUGUAUCAUGUCCCAUGAAAAAGGCAGCUGUUUAGUCAACAUCAUUCUGCUGUAACACUCCACCAUCUUCCUUUCAACGACAAAUAAAAUUUCUUUGCUGAUGAAA